AUGGACGCCGAUGAAGAUUACUGGGACUCAUUCCCUUCUGAUGGAAUUGACCUCACUGACGAGCCAGACGGGCCCGUCCCGACGCCUGCUACGCCACCCGCAACUCAGCCUCGACCCCUUCCUCCCAUCCAAGCCGUUUCACCCCCAACCCCAAGCGAGUCGGCUGAUCUCAAGACUCGACCCUACUACAACCAGAUCCUCGAUACCUUGAAGAGGGUGUUCGGCCUCCCAACUUUCCGUCCCAAGCAGCUCGACGCCAUCUGCGCAGCGAUGGACGGCCGCGACGUCUUCGUGCUGUUCCCCACGGGCAGCGGAAAGAGUUUGACGUUCCAGCUCCCGGCCGUCUGUCAGAAGGGCGUGACCAUCGUUGUCAGCCCCCUGUUGUCGCUCAUGCGCGAUCAGGUGCAGGCGCUGCAGAAGAUUGGGGUCCACUGCGCCCUGAUCAAUGGCGACAUGAAGGAAUCAGAGCGGACAAAGGUGAAGACGCAGCUCCGGAGCAGGGACAAGCCCAACCUGCUGUACGUCACACCGGAGCAGCUGCAGAUGAGCGGGUACAUGCAGUCGACGCUGCAGUGGCUGUACGAGCACGGGCAGCUCAUGCGGUUUGUGAUCGACGAGGCACAUUGUAUCUCCGAUUGGGGAAGACGAUUCCGCGACUCCUACACCCAUCUGACCGAGCUCCGCAAGAGCUACCCCAAAGUGCCGAUCAGCGCGCUCACCGCGACCGCGAACGCCGAGGUCGUGCACGACAUCGUCUCCCGGCUCGACAUCCCCAACUGCGUGCGCCUCAAGCUCUCCUUCAACCGCACGAACCUCGACUACGAGGUGCGCCCGAAGAAGUCGCACAAGGCGUGCGUCGACGAGAUCGCCGCGCUCAUCCAGACCAGGUUCCCGACGCACACCGGCAUCAUCUACUGCCACUCGCGCGACAAGUGCGAGGAGGUCGCGAAGGAGCUGCGCGAGCGGUACAAGCUGAACGCGAAGCACUUCCAUGCGGGUCUGGCCGACUGCGACAAGCGGAGGGUGCAGAGGGAGUGGAGUGAGGGCGAGGUUCUGAUCAUCGUCGCUACGGUUGCUUUCGGCAUGGGUAUCGACAAGGCUGAUGUUCGAUAUGUUAUACAUCAUACCUUACCGGCCACACUUGCCAACUAUUACCAAGAGACUGGUCGCGCCGGACGUGACGGUCGACCAGCCCAUUGCAUCCUGUUUUACUCCUACGGCGACGUCACCUCACGACUUGAGAUGAUUCGAAAAGACGAGAAGCCCGAAGAGGAACGGCGCUGGAUGGAAGAAGACUUCUGGAGUGUCGUGCGCUACUGCUCGAACGACGUCCGGUGCCGCCGUCAACAAGUGCUCGACUUCUUCGGCGAGAAGUUCGACCCCGCCUUGUGCCGCGAUCUCUGCGACAACUGCCGCGACAAGACGCCCGUCUCGAGCGAGGAUUACACGGAGGACGCGAUCAGGGCCGUCGCGCUGUUCGAGAACCUCUCAACGACCGGCACGCCCAUCACAAAGAGCCACCUGGUGAGCGCCUUGCGAGGCAGCAAACUGAGGACGAUGGUCGACAAGGGCUUCGUCAACGUCGACGGCUACGGCUCGUGCAAGCACUUGACGCAGCAGCUUGCAGAGCGGCUGAUCGACGAGAUGCUCUUCCAGGGCGUCCUCACGACCGUCCAGCAGAAGACGUAUCAGGAUUAUACAAGCUCGUACUUGAAGGCAAGCUAUCCACGCGUGCGGAUGAAGCGCUGA